UUGUCUCUUGUCUCUUGUCUCGUCUCCCAUCUCGCGACUUACUUCUCCAAAAUGGCCGACUCCGUUGCUGAGGAUUCUAGUACUGGUUCUGUCGCUCCUGAUUAUGCCGAGAUUAUUGUGGUGCGGCACGGAGAAACGUCUUGGAAUGCUGAUAGAAGAAUUCAGGGACACCUCGAUGUUGAACUAAAUGAUGUUGGGAGACAGCAAGCAGCCGCAGUUGCUGAUCGACUUUCUAAGGAAUCUAAAAUCUCUGCUGUGUAUUCAUCUGAUUUGAAGAGAGCACUUGAAACUGCACAGAUAAUUGCAAGCCACUGUGGUCCUCUGGAGGUUAUAGAAGAUUGUGAGCUGAGGGAAAGGCAUCUUGGGGAUCUUCAAGGUUUAGUGUUGCGUGAAGCAGCCAAAGUUAAGCCUAAGGCUUAUCAAGCAUUUGUAUCUGCUCAAACAGACCAAGAAAUACCUGGUGGUGGAGAAAGUCUAGAUCAACUUCGUCAGCGAUCCGCAUCUGCAUUGCAAAGAAUUGGUAGGAAACAUAAAGGAGAGAGAGUGGUCGUAGUCACUCAUGGGGGUUUUAUAAGAACACUCUACAAGCGAGCGGUGCCAAAGGGAAAAUCUGCCGGAAAGAUACUGAAUACUUCUGUUAACAUAUUUCACUUGUCUGAUGGUGAGGAUUGGCACAUAAAAACAUGGGGCGAUGUGAGCCAUCUCAGCAAAACUGAGUUUCUUGAGACGGCCUUCGGAGGUGACAAGCUUUCAGGCUAAUAAAUAAUAUUAUGAAUUCUCUCCUGUCUGCAACCAUUUGAUUUGAAGUGGUCCAAAAGUCAUUUUAUUGUGCUUUUGUAGAAUGGCCAACAGGCAGUUUUAUUUGAUUUUGAUUAUUUACUAAUUGGCAGUUGCAGAAAUUAUAUUACCAUUUUUACAGUCUAUCAUCUCUAUAAUAUCUGGUAAAAUGUUUAGAUUCCUACUUUUUUCUACACAAAUGUACUACUGUUGGAACAUGCUUCCAGUAAAAAAUAACAUUAUGGAAAGGGAAGUUAGGUUUGUUUACUUGUGCCAAACCCUUCAAGAAUGCAGUGGUUUGUUGAGUGUCCUUUGGCUCGUCUUGCUUUGUUCUCUCUCUGUACUCCUCAUAACUGGAUGUAUCUUCUGGAAACAUCCUAAAAUAGGUGUCUUCAUG